AUGAACAGUUUAUUGUUACAGCUUAUGUCAGCAGGGGCCAAUAGAAUUAGGAUCCAAAGGUUUGUAUUACCCCCAGCUAUGUUAUCCCAGCCAACAAAUCCGAUCGAACGAUUUUGGAGGGCCGCUAAGAAAGUUGCAAGACAAAAUUGCAACUCCAACUUCAAGUCCUUCGACAAUAAUAUCAACAUGUUUCUGGAUAGUGCUGCUCCUCCUGGAGAGCCACCUCUUUUGAUUAGAAGAAACUGGAACAAAAGUUUCCGUUAUAUCGAAGCUUACAGCCAAGGUAAAGAUGCAAAAGACGUCUUCGCCAUUGUUAAAGAAUUUUCUAAACUGCCAAGAUCACAUCGCAAGCUUCGGUUAGACCAAUAA